GAGGGGGUGGGUUUGUGAGCACAACUCGGUGGUGGCGGGGGUAGCCUGUGAAGGUGUCAUGGCUGCUGUCGCUGAGCUUAGUCGCUCCAGCAGUGGUGACAGGAGUUUGGAACGGAGCUGCAGCCCUAAUCUCUCCCAAGAGGUGCUCUGCGAAAUCUUUCGCUCUCUGCAUAGCCUGGUGGGACAACUUAACCUCAGAGAUGAUGUGGUGAAAAUUACAAUCGAUUGGAACAAGCUCCAGAGCCUCUCGGCAUUCCAGCCCACUUUGCUCUUUAGUGCACUUGAACAACAUGUUUUAUAUUUACAGCCUUUUUUAGCAAAACUUCAGCCUCUGAUUAAAGAGGAGAAUACAACUGUUGUUGGAGGGACAGAAAAAACAGAAAUGGGGAAUAAGAAUGAAGUAAAUGCCAAAUUUCCCAUUAGUGACCUACAAGAGGAAGAAAAGCACAAAGAUUGUGAUUUAGGAGAUGUGAAAAAGACACAGAUCCAUGUUGAUCCAGAAGUAGUUCAAAUAAAGGCUGGAAAAGCAGAAAUUGACAGACGAAUAUCUGCAUUUAUUGAAAGAAAGCAAGCUGAAAUCAAUGAAAACAACGUGAGGGAAUUUUGCAAUGUUAUUGAUUGUAAUCAAGAAAACAGUUGUGCAAGAACUGAUGCCAUUUUUACUCCUUACCCGGGAUUUAAAAGUCAUGUAAAAGUUUCUAGAGUUGUGAAUACAUAUGGACCACAGACUAGACCUGAAGGAGUUCAAGGGUCAGGUCAUAAACCUAACAGCAUGCUCCGAGAUUGUGGUAAUCAGGCUGUAGAAGAACGACUACAAAAUAUUGAGGCUCACUUGCGAUUGCAGACGGGUGGUCCAGUGCCAAGAGACAUUUAUCAGAGAAUUAAAAAACUUGAGGAUAAAAUCCUUGAAUUGGAAGGCAUCUCUCCUGAAUAUUUUCAUUCUGUAAGCUUUUCCGGAAAAAGAAGAAAAGUACAACCACCUCAAAUCAUACCCUGGGAUUCAAGAUUGAAAAAAAAAGGGGGCAGCAUAAAUUAAUGAACUUGAAUUAAAUAAUUUUAUUUCAAGGGUAAGGAAUGAUUCAUAUGAGUCAUAUAAAUGUGAAAGUAUCUAGCUGUUAAUUGUGGCAGAAUGUAUCAAUUACCAAAUGCAGAAAAAUAAUAAAUGCUAGGUAAUUUAAAUCCCCCCCAUCUCAGGAACCCCAAGAUUAAGAGCCCUAUGCUCUACAGACUGAGACAGCCAGGCACCCCACCCACCCCUCCCCCUUUUGCUGACCCUACUAAUUAGCAGCAUCUAAAUCCAAAAAGGAUGUUUGGCAGAGGUUGACUUCAGCCUACCACUGUCCACAGUCCUACUAUAUUAAUUAGUUGAAUCUUAAUUAGUGAGGUUCUCAUAGCUGUUAAUGGUAGUAAUGUAAAUUUAAAGUUGGAGAAAACUUAAAAAAAUUUUUUGGUUUAUUUUUGAAGAAUAGUUUUCUACUUAUUUUUUUUUUGUAAAAUUUUGAAUAAAUUUCUGAGAGCAUCCGUGUUUUCCAGGAGAGGUAGUUGCUUGCAGUUGAUCCAUCAAAAGAGAAUUUCUAGCAGUUAAGCUAAUCCUAAAGUUUAAUUUUUUUACUGUGAGAAUAGUCAAUUAAAGGAAAAGUUUUUACAAUCCUUUCAAAGUGAGAGUAGUCAGUUAAAGAAAAGUUUUUACAAUCCUUUAGAAGUAUCCAGGAGAGCUUUCUCAUUAGGAAAGAGAAAAAAAGUAUGAAAUAUUUUAAGCCUUGUUAUUUUCUGCCUAUCUGAUAUAGCCAACAUAAAUAGUUCAAUUUAAGAAUUAUUCUUAUGGGGGCACCUGGGUCGUGCAGUCGGUUAAGCAUCCGACUCUUGGUUUUGAGUGAGGUCAUGAUCUCACGGUUCAAGAAUUCGAGGCCCUUGUCAGGCUUUGCUCUGAUAGCACAGAGCUUGCUCCUCCUGUCUCUGCCCUCACUCAUGUGUCUGCGCUCUCUUUCUCUCUCUCUC